AUGAAUCAAAUUAUUUUUUAUUUUUUUUUUCUUUUAUUUGUAAAGAGAAAAAAAAAUAUUUUUCUUUUUUUUUCAAAAAAUGCAGGUGGUUUUUCGAAUUUAAUUGAAAAUUCAAACUAUUUUUGGGAAGUGGUUCACAUGUCAUCGUAA